AUGGCGUUUUUGCUUAGCUGCCUGGAGGGAAGUAUAGACCUAUUAAAACAUUACAAUCCUGAUAUAGUAAAUACAAUUCACGCUUUAAAAUCUUCAAUAGGCAAGGGGCUUGGCGUUUCGGGAUUUGCGCAGGCCAUUGGGAAGGUUAAGAGCGGACUGCAGGGGUAUGAGGAGGGGAUGACGGCAAGAACUGAGGGAGUUAAAUCUGAAUUAAGUUCACUUAGCAGCACUAUUAACAGACAAAAAACUGAAUUUAAUAAUAUGCAUAAUAGUAAAUUAGUUCAGCAGUUGUCCGUUGUGUCCACUAAGGCCUCUGAGUACUGGAAUAAGGUCAUCGGUGUUGAGCUGGCGAAUUCAGACUUAGAUGAGAGCCUCGGACAUAAGUUAUUGCCAGCGAUUAAUUUGGUGAAACAGGCGGUAAAAACCCUGAAAGAUGUUUCCGAAGAUAAAGCCGUUACGUCACAAGCUGGGAUUGUCGACACUACGUUGGAAGCGAAGAAAAGAGAGAUAGUUGCACUUGUUGGAAGUCAUUCAGAUAAUGUGCAGAAAGCAUUGAAAGCUGAGUUCAUAAAGGUAGGUGACAAUAUAAGCCGCUUGUGUCACGUGAGAGAUGAGAAUUUCGCGUUAAUGAAAGCGGCUAUUGAGUUCACCCAACAAGAAGUAAGGGUCUCCAUAGAGAGCUUCACCGAUGAAUACAGAAAAGAGAUCACGAAGUCCUUCGACAAUUUAAGAAUUCAAAUGAUGUCCAUUGAUCCAUUGAAGGAUUCGGGUUCAACGCUUAAAUGUCUUCUUGAACAGGAUGUUCUGACUAUUAAAUCCAAAGUGCUCGAGAUAGGUAAUCAGCUCAGUAGACACGUAUCGAAUUUAGAAGCUAGAAUUGGCAAAGCUGAUAGUUUCGUUGAUACUGCGUUGGAGAGGGUGAACGAGAUUCUUAGGGAGGUUGAAGAGGAUACUGGACCAAAUGCUAAACCGAUUAAAGAUGCAUCCAAGGACAUCACAGACCAUGCUGAAACGUUACAUGGGAGGUUUGAAGCAAUGAAAGGCAAAUAUGAGACUAUUUAUAAAAUCAUCCAUGGUGACAAUACUGGUACAGAAAGCGUGUUGAUGAAACUCAAGACGCUCAAAAAGCAGAUUAGUGUGCCUCAUUCGAUGGACGCAUUCACUGGAGGUGGUGACUGGGGUGUGAACCACGAAAUCAAAGAGCUAACAAGCAGAAUAAGUAACAAUGUUAAGGGGUAUGUUAGCACAUUGGUUGAAGCCCUUGAGGUGGGCGUGAAUGAGGCAGCGACGAGUGAUCCUCUUGGUGAUGGACUUGGUAUAAAAGGCAUUGAAGCUCUGAGUAGACACGUUGCCGAACAUUUGGAUGAGCUGGGAAUGUUUGGCAGACGGCUAAAUGAGGCUCUCCCAGCGGUGGUUGCCAAAGGCCCAAGUAGUGAACUUGCUACCGAUCUGGAAACAUUCCUCUAUGUGUUCAAAGACGCGAAAGCGAAUUGGAGUACAACGAAACCGCCACUCUCUGAUAUGUUUAGAGAUCUCCAAGAAGAGUUUAGCACUAAGGCGAUUGCCGGCGUCAAUGACAAUCAAGUAAAAGAUCUUAUAGUGGCUGCGGUCAACAAAGGUAUCGAAAGGCUUCAAUCGGCGUUGGAAAUUCCAGUCAUCAAAGAGAUGGAGAAGGUUCAUAAGAUUUCGGACAUGCAUAAAUAUUUCGCAAAUUCAGCUGUGCAAAACUUGAAAGAAAAGGCUACUGUAGUUUCCUCCUCCCUCAAUGCUAUGUGCGCAGCUGUUAAGAAAAUGGCAGGACAGGAGGCUAAGGGUUUGCAAAACGUUUUAAACACGCUGAAAAACGAGGCGAUUAGUAAGCAGAGAAAACAUUCCGAAAGCCUUGGCGAACUGCAACAACAACUUAGCAGAUUUCAGAAGGAACAAUUGUCCGAUCAAGAAAGCGGUCAAAUUCAGAAUGCUAUUGCUAACGUCGUAAAAACAAUUAAUGAAGAUCUUGAAAAGUUACCAGGCGCUGUGGACAAUGCGCAAAAAGAGGCAGAGAAGUUAAUGACUCAAUUGCAAGACGAUAUAAAUGUCAUUCGAAAUGAGAUAAAUACGAUAAAUGAUAAGGUGAACGCUGCGGAAAAGGUUCUAACUUCAUCGAUCGAUGCUCUGAGCAGGGCUUAUAUACAUGCCGAAAACACAUCGAUGAGAGCCGUGCUAUCACUUCGAAAGACCCUCAUCCAAAUGGUUAACUCCGCCUUCUCCGCCCUCACCCACCAAGUCCAAUCCCUCUUCGCGAAGCAGAAGCAGGCCGACCUGUCCGCGCUGGAGGGCGUUGUCACGGCGCAGUUGCAGGAGAUUGAGAGGGUUAUUCAGGCGGAUAGGGGGAGCGGGGUGAAGGGGUAUUUGGGGAAGAUGAAGGAGAGUAUCACAGACAUCUUAGACAAUCCCGCUCCUGCUCCUUUAGUACAUAGCGAUACAUCUAUUCUGUCUGUUAAAUUGAAGUCUAACUUCGAACCUCUUCUUGAGUACGUAAUAGAGCAAAUAUCUUCCGCCUCCCCCUCUGCAGUUUCAAAAGUUUAUACGGUUGAAGGCCUGAAAAGUAAGCUCACCACUCUCUUGGAGAAACUUGCCGAGUCCAAGCAUUUCGACGAUAGAUUCUCCAGCAAUUUGCACUCCCUUAAUGAUGCUCUGGAUACAUUCAAACCGCCGAAAUACGAUAAUGGAAAGAACCCAUUGCUGCUAGACAUCCUGAGAGAUAGUAUGAGGGCUCUGUCCGAGCAGCUUGGUUAUGCCUACAUCAACACGUACGACGGGCAUCCGAAAAUGGACCUUACGAAACUGGUGUUAACUAAAACAGCCCCUCCGCCUAAAGUGAAUGAAUCAAGUAAAGCGGGCGAACAAGUGUUAACUCCGGCUGGUGAAAAGCUGUCUAAGGUGUGCCUUACUGCACUUGAUAUCUUGUUUCAUGAUCUGGAAGAAUUAAGACAAGCGUUGCGAGCUGACGAUGAUUGGAAAACAAAGAAAGUAUGUCUGAUCGAAUUGUCGAACGGUAAGAAACAUAUGAGCGCACUUGGACUCUGGCUCAGUAACAAUGGCUUCGUGGUGUCGGAUAAUUCCAACAAGCAAAACGGCGAGUUGGACAAGAGAUGUGAUGGUAAGAAACUCAUGCAAGUAUUGACCGGAAGUAAGACACACGUAUUCGCUGGAGAGAACAAUACAACUGGUGCACUUGAAACGCUGCAUUACUAUCUCAUUACAUAUUACAAAGCGAACCACUUCCGCCAUAUUCCGUCGCCCAAAGCCCCGUGCAGCAUUUACCAGAUGUUAGAGUGGCUGUGCGGAUUAUACUACAAUCCGAUGUUCGGGAAGCUUGUAGACGGCUUUGAGGCACUGUUUGAUCGGAAGACGCACAAGUUAGAUGUCGCAUUGCCAGAGGAAAUGAAUGACGUCGUUCAAUCGCCUCUCAAAGCGAAUCACCUAACCACUACGCUCCGUUCUGUCUGCUUCCAAUCCGAAACGGUAUUAGUCGGCAUCCUUGGGCACGGUCACGCUGACGGUGUAUACUCCACUGACUUUCAUAUAAACACGGAUGACUUGCUGUAUCCGACGGACUUUAACACUUUAGUCUGCCUCUUAUUCGACAUCUUGAAAUGCCUACAGCAACAACUGUACUUCCUAUAUGAACAGUGUUGUCAUCCAACAGACGUCAGCGGUUGGUCGGAGUGCUGGUAUGGCCAGGGUAUUGCCGGCUCAGGCUGGCAGUGCAAUGACCUUCAGUGUCAUAACCAAAAAUGCAACCAAACAGCUGACCAAAAGCGUGACCAAAUACAUAACCAAAGCGGUGAUCAACAUCCUGAAUGCGGCUUAAAAUCGCCUCUUCAGUCUUUCCUCGAAGACGGUUUGCAAGGCUUCUUACCGCAUAAUGUGUCAGCCAGGGGGCCUAAAAUGUCAUGCUCAAGUUGUUCUAGAGCACCACCUGGUACUCCAUGUAAGACACCGAUGGGAUUCCCAGCAAUAGGCAUCGCAGCAUCCCAUCGGAAAACUGGUCAUCAUUUGAGCGAUGUGCUUGUUGACUUUUGUGGCGGCGCAGGGUCUCCUCUCACGAAGCUGUGCAGCCUAUUUAACUGUAUUCUCCCCAGCGCUCCCAAAACGCUUGGUGACAUGUUCUCAUUUUACUACUAUCUCCUACACGACUGGGACGACGCCAAUGGAAAUGGUAACAAGCAUAAGAAAAUCGCAUUUGAUGAACAAGUUAGCAAAGCCUACUUCAACGACGAAUACAAUCUCGGCGACAUAUCUCUGCUGUUUAAAUACACGAAGCACGCAGCUUUUGUUCAUGUACCAACCAACGAAGUGGAGAGUUUAUAUCAUUACAGCGGCAACCUCUGUAGUAUAUACAACCCUGCCGAUGAGUGUUACGUCACCGGCAGAACAUGUGGCGCCUAUAUGACACCGUUGUCUUUGGAGGUAUAUUCCACAUUGACCUCUAAAAAUGCGGGUGGCUACCUGUCGUGGAUUCUCUACCUUACCGAAACGUUCUACAACUUACUAUGCCAGCUCUACAAAAGAUGCGAAGAUAGUUGCGCCGGUAGGAGUAGGAAAUGCCGUGUCGCCGGUUGUGUCCAAGGCGGUUGCAAAGUUGCCGCGGUUGAUACUCUGGACACUAAAAAGCAUGGUGAGUCGUGCAACUCAAUCGUUCAAUGCCAAAAUACAUUACCGACAUUAUUCACGUACGGCUUCACAUAUGGCGACAGGAUAUCACUAAACGGAAAUGUUGAUGACAAAUGCGUUCCUAAGAGGAGAUGCAAGGAUUUCAUCGAACAACUCGGCAGAGUAUGCUCCGACAAAUCGGUACUUGCUAAGCUAAUACAUGAGACCAUUCCCAAUUUCAUGUGGGCCAUCAGAAGCAAAUUCUUCUGGACCACCGUCGCCCUCUGGCUCCUCUCUUUAUUGUACCUCAUCCACAUCAUGGUCAUCCGCCUAGACCUGCUCCACAUCAAAUCGCAUCUACAUAGUCCAUCAUCACAUCGCAUAGCUGCGCAAUCGCUGUUAGCUGCUGCACGCGUUAACAAGCUUAACAGGGUGUUUUAUCUGCAACCAUAA